AUGUACGUAGCACGGGCAUGUGCCCCACAAAAACCCCUCAGCGUUCACAUCAAACGAUCAUCUUGGACUCCCGCCGUCAACAUCGAAGGAGCCACUGGUGCACCAGAAACGGAAGGAACAAGUUUGUCUUCCCCGGGCGUGGCCAAUGGAAACCUGGAUUGGCAAUCUCCCCUGGUCAUCAAUUUCCCAAUCUUGAAACCCGGACUCUCAACUUGGUUCUUGCAACUGGGCUUUGCUGAGACAUAUCACCAUGACUGCGACAUGGCCAUCAACCAUUUGAGCAUGUCCUACCUUCUUGGCGCUGUAGGCGAAACAACCCCGGAUUCCGAUUCCCGCCUUAGGCGUCCUCCAUGUGGAACCGCCGACGACGCUAACACGGUUCCGCUUCCCCAGCCCAGACAUGCCAGGCCGAGUCUCGGCGCCGCUCUCCCAAGCCGCCCGCCCGAGGGCUUCUCUAUGCCUUCCGCUUCCGCAGUCCGAGAGACCACCUCUCCAUUCCACGCACCGGGUCAGGCUUGCUACAGUCCGGAGCAAACUCCGCUCCCAGGCUACUGUCGCAUCACCCCAAAGAUGGCGACACGCCGAGUGCUUGGCUUUCCGGGGGCACGGCUCACUCUCACUCCCCAAUCCCGACCUCUUAUUUCCCCGGCACAGCGACAAUAUUGGCCCACCUUUGCUCCCCAGGCAUAUCACUCGACACGAUGGGCAUCACAGCGAUCCAAGAAUAUCCCCCAAAGGACCGGGCGGAUCUUGUCCAAUAUGCUAGGUCUGUCCAGACAAAGCUGGAUCAUCCUUGCGUUAUCGGCAAUCAUCAUUAUGGAUGUUUCGAAAACUGUCUUGAAGGACGCAAAGAAGGAAGAGCAUUCACUGGCAAAACCGACCUACGCAAGCCACAAAGAGAUGCUUGACGCUGCGAACGAGAUGGCUCGAAUACUGGGACAAGACGCCGUCACCUACGAUGCCCAUGUUCUCGAACACCACGGCCAUUCGGACUGGUCGACGUCCAACUCACCUGGGCGUGCCGUUGCCGUAGUUUACCCACGCACGACUGACCACGUAUCUGCUAUCGCUCAGAUAUGCAAUGCUCGUAAUGUCCCCAUGGUUCCCUUUGGCGCAGGUUCCAGUGUCGAGGGCAACUUCUCCCAGCCCUAUUCCGGCAUCUGCAUCGACUUCACCUACAUGGAUAGAGUCAUCGCCUUCCACCCAGAGGACAUGGAUGUCGUCCUUCAACCUGGCGUUAACUGGGUUGACCUCAAUAAUCAGAUCGCCCAUACAGGGCUCUUCGUACCUUUGGAUCCCUCGCCUACUGCCACAGUCGGUGGAAUGGUCUCAACCAAUUGUUCCGGCACCAACGCCAUGCGCUACGGAACUAUGAAAGACUGGGUGCUCAAUCUGACUGUCGUUCUCCCGGAUGGCCGCGUUAUCAAGACACGUCGGCGUCCUCGUAAGACCUCGGCUGGCUAUAACCUGACUUCUCUGUUUGUCGGCGCCGAAGGUACUCUGGGAAUAGUAGCCGAGGUCACCCUGAAGCUCGCUCCCAUCCCAAAAGAAACCAGCGUCGCCGUUGUUGCUUUCCCCACCAUCCACUCUGCCGCAGCAGCAGCUUCCAAGCUGAUUCGCUCCGGGAUCCAGCUCGCUGCUUUGGAGCUCAUGGACGACGAGCAGAUGAAAUUGCUCAAUGCGCACGGAAGCGACGCAGUUCGUAAGCGCGUAUGGGACGAGAAACCUACCUUGUUCCUCAAGUUCAGCGGGACUACCAAGGACGCCCUCAAGAGCGAUGUGUCCCGCGUAGGCGACAUCAUCAAACCCUUGACGAACAGCAAGUUCCACUUUGCAAAGACGAAACAGGAUGAGCUGGACCUCUGGUCCGCGCGCAAGGAAGCCCUCUUUACCAUGGUAAACACUCGGCCCAAGGGCACCGAGAUUUGGUCAACAGACGUGGCCGUACCCAUUUCACGGCUGGCGGAGAUCAUCGAAAUCUCGAAGCGGGAAUGCGGAUCUCUAGGCUUGUUUGCGAGCGUGGUGGGUCAUAUAGGAGAUGGAAACUUUCAUGUGUCCAUGAUGUACGACCCAACAAAUUCGCAGCAGAAACAGGCUGUCGCCAAAUGCGUCAAAAACAUGAUGACCCGGGCGCUAGAGAUGGAGGGUACUGUAAGCGGGGAGCAUGCGAUUGGUAUUGGGAAGAAGGAGUGCUUGGUGGAUGAACUCGGAGAGGAGACGAUUGGGCUCAUGAGGCAGCUCAAGGCUUCGGUCGAUCCCAAAUGGGUCAUGAAUCCGGGAAAGGUGUUGGACUGGAUGGGGUAA